CCGAGCCCGGGAUCCACAGCGAAGUUGAGUACAGGUUUGAGGCGGAUGUCAGCUUCCAGUUACCUCAGCAUGGCACGCACACGUCACCAUGCCAUGCAGGACGGCUUGUCUUUGUCAGAAGCUCGUCGUUUUCACCUGCGAAGCUUGCUCCCCGCGGUAGAAACGGCUGCUGGUGCACGGUCGUAAUGUUUUUCUCUUUGUCUGCAGAGUCCCCAGUUGCAGAGCCUACCAAAAGAGCGGCUACAACCUCAAGUGCGCCAACGGGUGCAGAAACUUUAGGAGCUCCUCCUAGCAUACCACCAGGUUCCUCUCCUGACAGCGACACGGUGAAGAGGAGCCUUGAAAUGAUGAAACAGAUGGAUCCAGAAACUCUCAAGAACAUGCACAAGAUGAUGGCGGACAUGUCGCCGGAAGUAAUUGCAUCAAUGACGCCAGGAAUCACCCCUGAGAUGGCGCGGCAGACUCAGGAACAGCUGAAGUCCUUAUCCCCGGAGAAUUUCCAGCGGCAGGCGGAGCUUGCAUCUCACAUGCAAGGCUUCGCAGGGCCUGCUAGUCAGGCGAACCCCAGCCCCUCAGCUGCCAGUGCGGCGACCCGAAGUAAACCGGCCGCUGAUGCAGCCUCUGGCAGCGGAGCGAAAGCUGCAGACCCUGCCAAGAAAGUCAUCCGGAUUGAUCACCAGAGGAAGCCGGGGACCAGCAAACCGAACGGGAAGGCGAAGGUGGAGGACGGGGCCGUCGAGAGCGACGACGAGGUGGAGGAGAUUCGCACGGCAGGAGCCACCAGAGCAGAACCGCCGGCAGCACCACCGCCUAGCUUUCAAAGGCCUCCCAUGACGCCCGAGAUGCUGGCGUCAGUGCAGGAGAAGUUCAAGGACCCGGCGGCAAUGAAGGCGGUGGGUGACAUGAUGUCGUCCAUGUCCCCCGAAACUAUGGCCGCUAUGAGCGCGUCCAUGGGCAUGAGCAUUACGCCCGAGAUGGCCAAGAUGGCCAUGGAAAGCAUGAAGAACAUGAAGCCCGAGGACAUGCAGAGGAUGACGGAGGCUGCGGGCGCCAGUGGCUGCGCAAGCACCUCGGGUUCUCCUUUUGCUGGAAUGGACCCGUCUUCGAUGGGCGACAUGAAGGAAAAGCUGAAGGAUCCGCAGAUGAUGAAGAUGGCUGCGGAGAUGAUGAAGAAUUUGAGCCCUGAGAUGCUCCAGUCCAUGGGCGCGCAAGCGGGCCUGAAGAUGACCCCGGAGCAGGCCGAGAAAGCAGCAGAGGCAAUGAAAGGGCUCAGUGAGAAGGACAUCCAAACCAUGAUGGUCUGGGCAGACCGCAUGCAGCGCGUGGGGACGACUGCCAGGGCAGCUCGGGACUGGUUGCUGGCUCGACCUCUGAUUAUCCUGGCCAUCGUAGUUCUAUUCGUGGCCGUCUUGCUUCGGUGGCUAGGCUACAUGUAAGGUGCAUUUUCAGGUCGGAAUCCACACCCGCGUACUAGAGCGGCUAACCAUAAGUACGUUGCUCAAUUGUCUCGUCAGCCGCGAGACUCAUCAAACGGAAAGCUACAUUGGGCAUCUAGAAGCGCUCACAUUCGUGCCGUGCUUUGGCCAUUUGCUUGAGAGUGCCUCCAUGGGACCCGGGGUCUGCCAAAGUUUCAAAGAUUGCCCUGCGGAAUUGAAAAGGAUUUGCUAGGUGAC